AUGGCCUGCAGAAAGGCUGUCACUUGCCGGCCCUGCGCCCGCGUACUGAAGAGCACAGCAGCGGUAGCCCCGUCUGUUUUGCGUGUGACAUUUCUUCUUCUGCUGUCGCUGCUGCUGCUUCUGCAUAGACAGCAAUGGACACAAGCAGAUGCAGCGCCAAAGUGGACCUUCCCCAGCGGCGCAUUUAAAACCCCAGGCCUCGCCGGGUUUUUAUAUCCAGCUGCGCGGUGGGCCACUCCUGUAUGCAGCAGAAGCAGCAUCAGCAAGAGGAGCACCAGCGGCAGUAAGGGAGACUGUGCCCACAAUAGUGGCACUUCUGGAUUGUACAGGCCCUAUAAACGCAAUUGGAAUUCCAUCCGAGUGCUGUCGACGGAAGCCAACAAUUCGCACGACAUUUUCUCACAGACGCAGCCGCAGCAGCGAAAGCAGCACGACGAUGAGACCCCUCAGAUCGACUUGGCUCGCGCGCUGCAACUACUUGAGGCUGCUAGCUCAGGAGGGCCCCCCCUUGGCGCGGAAGCAGCUCUGUGCGGCCCUCCAGGUAGUGGAGCCCAGCCGAGCCACCCUUCUCAACGGGGAAUGGGGGAGAAGAGGAGGCUAGCCGUAAUUUUCAACUGCAUGCUUCAUGCAUGCGAGCGCCAAGGAGAUGCCCUUGGGGGCUUUGAGGUGUACAGACAGAUGCAGGCAUGUGGGGCCCCACCAGACGAAGCGACCUUCCACAGCGUUGCUGCUCUCAUGGAAAGGGCAGGGGAGCACAACGGGAUGCUUAAGCUUUUGGAGCACAUCGAGGCAGAAGGUCACGAGCCCUCCUUGGCGGUUCUGGGUCUCGCUAUCAGCUGCUGCAGCAAAGCUGGAGCUGCUGAUGCUGCUCUGCAGCAAGCGCAACAGCUGCAGCGUCGAAUCCGCGCUGCUGCAGCUGCGGCUGCCCCGGCAGCAGCAGCGGCUGUGGCUGCUGCUACCGCAGGGCUGCAGCAAGAAGCUGAGACAGUGGCAGCAGCAGCAGAGGCUCUGCAACAGGCCCUGCCUUCGAGCGUCUACGCAGCCCUUGUUUGCUGCUGCGCUGCAACCGGCAGAUACGACAAAGCUGUUGAACUGUACUCGGAGUUUGCUUCCCUCAGGCAGCAGCAGGAGGUGCUGCAACAGCGUCUGGCCCGGCAGAAGCAGCAGCACCGACAACAGCAGCAGCAAAAACAGCGCCAACAGACGAGCCAAGAUUCGAAGGAACUAGAGCCAGAAGUGCUGCAGCACUUGCAGCAGCUGCUGCAGCGGGAUUCUUACCUGCCAACAGCAGCAGUCGCAAACGCAGCUAUUGCAGCAGCAGCAGCAACAGGGAGGCUGCAACUGGCCAUGUCUAUCUAUCGGCGUGAUUUGCUUGAGCUGCAGCAGCAGCAGCAGCAGCACGGGCAGGACCAGCUCUCACAAGAGAUAUUUGGGACCUGCAGUGCAGCAGAAGCCCAUGCCCCCAGCACGCAGACCUUCUUGCUGCUGCUUUCUGGUGCUGCAGCGCAGCAAAGCAGUAACACCGUAGACGUUCUGUUGCGCGACUUUGAGGAACAACAACAGAAGCGACAGCAGCAGCAGCUGCUUCCACUCGAUGCUGCUGCGGUGUAUGCAGCAGCAGCAGAAGCGCUUGCUGCAGGGGGCAGGUGGAGAGAUGCGCUGCAACUCCUUUUGCAUUCCCAUGCCGACAGGCAGCAGCAGCAAAAGCAGGCAGUCCAACAACUGCAACACCUGAUCAGCACGCUGCAGCUGCUCCGGCAGCAGCGCCAGCAGCAUAAGCCGCUGCUGCUGGCCUUCCCACCCUCUGGCAGUGUCACACCAUAUCUCGCCCUUCUGCGCUGCUGUACUGCAGCAGCAGCGCCAAGAGAAGCGCUUGGUCUGCUGCGCCUGCUACAGCAGCGGCAUCAGCAGCAGCAGCAGUUGUUUGUGCUACAACAGGAAUUGCACCAACAGCAGCAGCAAGACUCUCUAGCAGCAGCUGUAGCGGCCGUUCCCCCGGAGUUCCCUUUAAGUGCAUAUGCUGAGGUAAUGGCAGCAGCAGCAGCAGCAGCAGAUUGGCAACUGCUGCUCUCGGUUGCUGCGGAGUUUGAGUCUCCCAAAGUCCAGCAGCAAAGCGCAGCGGUUGCAGCAGCAACGGUUGCUGCUGCUGCGGCUACUGCAACCAGAAGAACGGAAGACCCCGACCCGCGGGCUGCUGAUGCUGCUGCUGCACGUGGCGGGGCAGCAGCAGCUGCUGCAAGAGCUACUGCAGCGCUAUCGCAGCAGCACAUACCCCUCGAGCACAGGGUGCGUGUUGCAGCCCUAAAGCUUAAGGCGCUGCUGCAAAUUGGCAACCACACUGCAGCAGAAAACGAAAGGCAGAAGUUGCUGUUGCUACUUGAGGACAGCAGCGGCAGCAGCAACACCGCAUUGCCUCAGGGGGGCCCGGCUGAUAUGCUGGCAGGGCACCAACAGCAGCAGCAAGAACCCCAUGAUGAUCCCCUUGCUAAUGAGGCCUUGGAACUCGCGGAGAAGCUCCUCGGUCCGCCCCAACAGCUAAAACAACAGCAGCAGCCCUCAGGACCUCACUUGGCGCUACACGAACGCCAGGCUCGCCAAGAGUUGCAGCGGCAGCAGCACCAAGAAAUGAUCCUGCGUCAAAUCCGGCAACACGAGCAGCAGCAGCAGCAGCAGCAGCCAUAG